GCCUUCCCUUUGUGCCGCCGGGCCCGGCGCGACGCCUGCCCCGGGAGCCGGCGCCCCGCGGCGCUCCGCGGCGGGAGGUAAGGGCGGCUGCCGCCCCGCGCCCCGGCAGCCAUGCGGACCCUGCGGCCGCAGCUGGCCUCCCUGCUCCUUCUCGGCAUGGCCUUGGCCCAGCGGCAAGUGACAGUGCAGGAAGGGCCCCUGUACCGCACAGAGGGGUCCCACAUCACACUGUGGUGCAAGGUGAGCGGCUACCAGGGCCCGUCAGAGCAGAACUUCCAGUGGUCCAUCUACCUGCCCUCAGCCCCAGAGCGGGAGGUGCAGAUCGUCAGCACCGUCGAUCCCUCCUUCCCCUACGCCAUCUACACCCAGCGGGUGCGCAGCCGGGGUAUCUAUGUGGAGCGGGUCCAGGGAGACGCCGUCCUGCUGCACAUCACGGAGCUGCAGGACCGGGAUGCCGGGGAGUACGAGUGCCACACACCCAACACCGACGAGAGGUACUUUGGGAGUUACAGCGCCAAGAUGAACCUCGUGGUGAUCCCUGACUCGCUCCGAGUGACAGCAAUCCCGCAGACACUGAACAAAGUGGAGCACGACUCCCUGGAGCUGAAGUGCGAGGUGUCCAAGAGCACGGCCCAGCACAGCCAUGUCUCCAUCAGCUGGUACCGGCAGCGAGGCAGCGAGGCGCCUGUGGAGGUCAUCUCCCUCAGCCGUGACUUUGUCCUGCGGGCCGGCAGUGCCUACGCCCAGCGCCAGGCCACGGGGGACAUCCGCUUGGACAAAGUGGGGGAGACCACCUCAAAGCUCACCAUCUACAACCUCCACCCGUCAGAUCAGGGCGAGUUUUAUUGUGAGGCGGCGGAGUGGAUCCAGGACCCAGACAAGUCUUGGUAUGCCAUGACCCGCAAGCGUUCCCAGGGUGCUGUUGUCAGCGUGCAAGCCACCGAUAAGGAGUUCAGCGUACGGUUGGAGACGGAGAAACGGACGUACAUCGUGGGCGAGCCAGUGGAGUUUCGGUGCAUCCUGGAGGCACAGAAUGUCCCUGACCGCUACUUCUCCAUCUCCUGGGCCUUCAACAGCUCCCUGAUUGCCAGCCUGGGGCCCAACGCCGUGCCAGUACUCAACAAUGAGUUUGCGCAGCGUGAGGCCAUGGGCCAGCUCAAGGUAGCCAAAGAAAGUGAUAACGUUUUUGUGCUGAAGAUCUAUCGCCUCCGCCUUGAGGACAGUGGCAAGUACAACUGCCGGGUGACGGAGCGGGAGAAGACUGUGACAGGGGACUUCAUUGACAAGGAGAGCAAGCGGCCAAAGAACAUCCCCAUCACCGUCCUGCCUCUCAAGACCAGCAUCUCCUUGGAGAUUGUCAACAAUGCCAGCAGUGUCUUGGAAGGGGAGAGCCUGCGCUUUGGCUGCAACGUGCGCUCGGGCUUCGGGCCCCAAAGCCGUCUCUCCAUCACCUGGCUGCUGGUGGACAAGCUGAACCGGCGCAGUGAAAUUGUGCGUCUGGAUCGAGAGGGCACCCUGCAGCCGGGCCCCUCGUACGCUGAGCGCAGCAGCUAUGGGGGCAUCCAGGUGGAGCAGGUCCGGCCUGGCUCCUUCACCCUGGAGGUCUUCAACAGCAUCAAGGCAGAUGAGGGCCACUACGAGUGCCGGGUGGCCGAGUGGACGCGGACGCUGGAUGGGGAGUGGCAGAUUGUUGGGGAGCGGCACGCGAGCACCCCGGUGUCCAUCACUGCUCUGGAGGCCGGCUUUGCCGUCACAGCCAUCUCCCGCACCCCCGGCGUGACCUACAACGAGUCCUUCGACCUCCAGUGCAUCAUCAAACCCCAUUAUCCCUCCUGGGUACCGGUGUCGGUGACCUGGCGUUUCCAGCCAGCAGGCAGCACCGAGUUCCAUGACCUCGUCACCUUCACACGUGACGGCGGGGUCCAGUGGGGUGACAGGUACCUGGGUUUCCGGACCCGCACUGCCAUUGAGAAGGCCGAAUCCAGCAACAACGUGCGCCUCAGCAUCAGCAGGGCGAGCGACACAGAGGCCGGCAAGUACCAGUGCGUGGCUGAGCUCUGGAGGAAGAACUACAACAGCAGCUGGACACGGCUGGCGGACAGGACCUCCAACCUGUUGGAAAUCAGGGUCCUGCGGCCCGUGACUAAGCUGCAGGUGAGCAAGUCCAAGCGGAGCAUCACUCUGGUGGAGAACCGGCCCAUCCCCCUCAACUGCUCCGUGAAAUCCCAGACCAGCCCUGACUCCCACUUCGCUGUGCUGUGGUACGUCCACAAGCCCUCCGAUGCUGACGGGAAGCUCAUCCUGAAGACCACGCACAGCUCGGCCUUCGAGUACGGCACCUACGCGGAGGAGGAGGGGCUGCGGGGCCGGCUGCAGUUUGAGCGCUCGGCAUCUGGGGGUCUCUUCAGCCUGACAGUCCAGCGGGCAGAGGUCCGAGACAGCGGCAGCUACUACUGCCACGUGGAGGAGUGGCUGCUCAGCCCCAACCAUGCCUGGUACAAGCUGGCAGAGGAGGUGUCAGGGCGGACCGAGGUCACCGUCAAGCUGCCAGAUAACCGCCUGCAGGUGAACCAGACCCACAAGAACAUUACUGUGCUGGAGAACCAGUGGGUGACCCUGGAGUGCCUGGUCAGCAGCAGGACCAGUCCCUCAUCCCAGCUCUCAGUUGAGUGGUACGUCUGGAGGCCGGGCCACCCAGAGAAGGAGGUGGUGGCCCGGCUGAACCGUCAGAGCACACUGCGCUACGGGGACCCGGCAGUGCUGGGUGACCUGCGGGGCCGUCUGCACCUGGAGAGCCCAUCCCCAGGUCUCUACCUCCUCUCCAUCCAAAACGCCACUGUACGAGACAGCGGGGCCUACGACUGCCGUGUGGAAGAGUGGCUCCUUGACCCCAGUGACCGCUGGUACAAGCGGGCAGAGGACCUUUCAGGACUUAUCACCCUCACCAUCAAGCAGCCAGAUCCCACCUUGCAGGUGGAUACGGCCACUGCCAACCUCACGGUGCAGGAGAAGGAGUCCUUCCCACUGGACUGCAGCAUCCUGUCCCGCUCUAGCCCAGAGUCCCACUUUGCGGUGACGUGGUACAACCUGCGGGCCAAGGAGGCGGGCAGCCGGGCGGAGGAGGAUGAGGAUGAGGAGGAGAGGGAGGCAGUGCUGAGUGUGGGCCCAGAUGCCAUCUUCAGCCCUGAGACGGGUCGCUGGGAGGGCCGGCUGCGCUUCCAGAGGCUCUCAGCUGUGCUCUUCCGACUGACGGUGCUUCAGGCUGGCGGUGCCGACACCGGCAACUACUCGUGUCGUGUGGAGGAGUGGCUGGCAGACCCCAAUGGCGUGUGGUACCGGUUGGCAGAAGAGGAGUCGGGGAUGGUGGCCGUUCAUGUGCAGGAUGCAGGCUCUACCCUGCAGUCUGUCAUCUGCUCCAAUGAUGCCCUCUUCUACUUUGUGUUCUUCUACCCCUUCCCCAUCUUUGGCAUCUUGAUCAUCACCAUCCUCCUGGUGCGGUUCAAGAGCCGAAACUCCAGCAAGAACUCGGAAGGCAAGAAUGGGGUCCCCUUGCUGUGGAUCAAAGAGCCUCACCUCAACUAUUCUCCCACUUGCCUAGAGCCCCCAGUCCUCAGUAUCCACCCAGGAACCAUAGACUAAAGAGGCAGAGGCACCCAUGAGGACACAGAGAGAGAGAGAGAGAGAGAGAAGCAGAGAUACACCAGGAACCCUAAGGAACAGAGUGUUUUUUGUUGUUCUUCUUUCAUUUGUUUCAGUGUCUUCUCCAGUGUAUCAGCUGAGCUCUGCAGAGUGCCCAGCUGGAGAGAACAGGAGGGUCCCAGGCUUCCUCCAGCAGCUGUGGGUACCUACCCCCUCACCCUGAUGGGUGGAGGGUUCCUGCACUUGCUGUAUAGAGGAUGUUUCUCUCAGAUUAAUUUUACUCCCAUCAGUUGCUGUCCUUUGGGCUGUUACUUUUUGGUUGUCAUUUCUUAUUCAUACUCUCAAAGAACUGUAGGCUUCCCUUGCCCUCCACACAGUAAGAAGUUUCCAGGAGUGUUUGGUCCUAGGACAAUCUCUUUGAAAGUAAAUGUAUACACACUCCAAAACAGACAAUGGUUUUCCUCCUCAGACUUGAUGCCACAAUGAAGAAGGUGAUACCCCAAGGUGCACUGAGCUAGCUCCUCCCUCUUCUAAAGCAGACAAAGCCAGGUCCACCUGCAGAGGAGGUUAGCUGGGCUAUCAAGAAGUCUGUCUCAAAGACUGGCUGUAACCUCAGCAUUGUCUUGCCUCCUGCUUACUGUUUUGUCAGAGGGAGGCAAUUCACCUUUUGUGAGUGUUUCCCCAUCUCGGAGAGACUGAAUGUUCAGCUUGCUUGUGACUGGGACUAAAGCAAUUUAGUUUGUCUCCCGGAACUGAAGGGUUGGGUGAAACAAGAUCACCUGAAAGCCCUGACUUUGUUGGUAGCAAAGAAGGUCCUCAUACAGUUCAGCUUACCAGAGUCACUCUCCUCCCUGGUGUCCAUGCUGCCACCUCUGAUGAGACGGGUCCCCUCUGUGCCCCAAUUGCGUGGGGGCAGGUGACUAGAUCCAGUUGCUGAAGACUUCAACAUGACCAAAGGAAUGAUUCUAGAAAGGGGGAAAGGGGAAGCUCCACAAAUUGGGUUCACAGCCCUUGGAUGGUUCAGCCAAGGAGCCCAGUUGCAGCCACGCCGCACAGCAGGGACAUGCAAUGUAGCCACCACGUGUCAUGAGUAUCCCGACGACCUGCACUACUUCCUGAUGUGAGCUUGGACAAGGCAAGGAGCCUGCACCACGAGAGCACCCUGGGGGCUUCCCUGUCCCCAUGGGCCAAAUCUUGCCAUGUGUGUACGAAUGCUUCUGCCAUUUUUCAUUUUUGGAGCUUUAGGAGAAACCAUUCCUCUAUAAGCUCCCUCUCCUGGCAAAGUCACCUGCUUUUGUUGUAGGCAGUCGCUGUAGCAGGAAAUGCUGUUCUUUCUGUGAAAGAUAUGGCUCUUGCAAACCAAACCAGGGCUCUCACCUCGUGGGGCACUUGAGCUCCUGUACCCCUUAAUGCCAAGUACCCCUACCCUGUCCUGUGGAGGAAACCGCCUCCUCCCCAAUAUGCCCUAAGAUUUCUGUCUGGCGGAAGAAAAUGUUUGCCAAAAAUGGCCUUUUGUUGUCUUCCUUGAUGUCUUCCUGGCAAAUCUGGCCAUUUAUUUUUUUUGCAGCAUGGCUGAAGCCAACCGGGGCAGAUGGGUGCAGCCACAAGACCCCCCCUCUGCCUCACAUGCAAGAGGUGCCAUACCCACCACCGCUGUCCUCUUCAGGAGGGUCAGAGUGCUCUUUGUGAAAAGAAGGGGACCUCAGCAGAUACUCUGUAGCACCAAUCGGUUAGACCCUGAUGCCUUGAUGUUUCAAAGGUGGUGAUGAUUGGGAGAUCUGCACUGCACAUCCUCUCUUCAGAGCUGAGAGAGGACCCCUGUGGCUGCAGACCAUCCCAUGCCAGGGGAUUCAAAGUCAGUCACCUCUGCUCCUCCACCAGAACGGUAUUGGUUUCUUCUUCUGCUGGGAAGCCAAAUUCUCACUCAUUCUUCUGCAAAGUCUGCCUCCUUGAGAUGUAACUGCUUAGUGACUCCAGCAUAUGAGUAAGAUCGCACUCCUAUACAUAUAUAUGUAUUACACACCCACACACUUUGUCUUCUCUUUCUGGAUGAGGUGUCUGUAAAGAGAGGAGUAGAAUGAGAAGUGAAUGGAAAUGAAGAAACGAGGCGCCAACAGCAGCAGUUGCAGCCAGUGGGUAUUGUUUCAUAAAUGUAGCAUCUCCUGCACAUACUGCUCCCGGGCUGGAACUGCAACUCUUUUCAGCUUUAAAGGAAAAAAGAUAAAAUAGUCAGCAAGAGCUGUUCUUUCCUGAAAGAGCACUGUGCUGUGUCCUAGCCAUGCUCCUCCUCUCCAGCCUGUUUGCCCUGGAGCAGGGCUCUCCUGCAGGUCUGUCCUGUGGCUGUUCCCAUGGCUGAAACGGGUCCCUUCCCAGCCCAGCAGUUCCUGCACUGAGCACAGGCUUUCCCAGAGAGUGGCUCCCACGGUGGUCCCUGAAUGUACUUUGUUGGUGACAUUUCUGCAUUGCUCUGGCAGUGUGUUGCCCAGUCUCAAACUUCUGUUUUUAUACGGCAGACUCUUCCUAUUACAAGUUUUAACAUGAAGCUUUUCAAACCACUCUCUGCUGUAACUUUCUAUAACAAACCCGAGAAGAGAGAGAGAUACCCUAUCCAUGCAUGAUGUGGAAAAACGUUUGGGAUUUUUUUUUCUUUUUUUUUAAAAAAAAAGAAGAAAACAAAAACUUUGUACUAUGUUGCACUAAAACAUGUUUUAUACAACACACCUGAGAGCUGUAGUAAACUGUGUUGAAAUUGUGAA